AUGGCACUCGUCGACUCGAUCCCCCAGUACGACGCCAUCGUCAAGCAUUGCCCUAACAUCAUCCGCGCCAUUCUCAGCAUCCAGGCAGACGCAUUUGACUGCGAUGUACUGUACACAACUCUCAGCACAACCCGAUGCUCCACGUGCGAGCGCUUUGGUGAUCAUCUCUACCUCAUUGACUGCCGUAGAGUCUGCUACUUCUGCUUCACCCGGCGGCUGGAAUACUUUCCCCUCACAAUCGGCCGCGCAUCGAGUUUCUUCACUCCCGACGGGACGCAGCAGCGCAGUGCCAUCACCAGCCGCCAACGCUUACGUACGGCGAAUCCCCCAAGCAUCCUGAGCCUGCCCGGGCGGUACUGUACCGCCUGGACCAGUGAAGGGGGCAAUUUGGUGCGAAAGCGGCUUCAACUCUUCGACCGGCAGGCAGUGAUUCAGGACCUGACGGGUUCUGGUCUUCCAAAGCUAGACAAGACCACUAGGGAACCUCAGCGGUUCAUGGCCAUCAUCACCGCACCGUAUCUGUUUGAUUCUGGCCGGCAGGCCGACUGGGGAUGUUUCUGCCUUGGCUGUAAGGAGGAGAAGGAGGAGAAAUCGAAGCAUUUCAGGAUCAAAUACACAAGAGAAGAGGUGUCGGAGCACAUUGCGAAGUAUGGACCGGUGAGAGAGAUGCCAAGAAUACCCGGUAGGUUCAUGCAUGUCACUCAAAUCUGA